CUGGAUUUCAUUGAAUGAAGCGGUGGAUGGAUGUGAUGGUAUGGUCAAACAUGAGAAUGAAAGGAUCGAUUCGAUGCAGGCAGGCAGGCUAUGCAAUGGACACUGGCAUCAACACGGAGGCAGAGACCCACAUACCAGACAGACCCGACGACCCGCCCCGCCAACUCAGCUGUGGACCGGACAGCUCCCAGGCCGGCUAGUCUCCUCCUCCCGCCUCAGACUGUCCUCCCUUGACGAUGUAGGUGACCGAUAUCUUGAUGCACUCCCUGCAGGCAGUGCAGACCACACAGGGAGGGAGACAGAGACACGCAGAGCACACGCAUCGGCAUCGCAUCGCGCGUCUCUCAUGCAUCGAUCGCAUCGCAGCCAUCCACCUACCUGAGCUCGUCAUCGGUCGUGUCGUAGACCAUCAGGAAGUAGGAACGCUCAGACGGAUCCGCAAUCUGCAUAUGAGUGAGACACGCCAAGACACACACGCAAACAAAAAGACAUACAUGCGAAUUAAGAAGCAUAUCGCCCCUCCCUCCCCUCGCUGUCUGACUGACCGGCGCGAACUUGAGUGGGAAUUUGCCUUUCGAGUUGGCGGUGACCGUCACCUCCUUCUGCCUGUACGGACGCAGAAAGGCGUCCAGACAAAACACCCACAUUGAUGUCAUGUCUCGGCUCAUUGCUGCAGAGCUGCGCUGCGGCGUACCGUACCUGCAUUGCAUGAGGUCGGGGUCAGAGCUCUUCAGGCGGAAGCUGACGUCAUUCGACUCCUUGUUCUCAUACGUGAUCUUCUGCACACAUAAGAGUGAGGCACUCACACACACGUACACACACAUAUCCUCUGUGCCCGUCUACUCCAUGCACACCGACCUGGUUCUUGGCCACCCCGCAUGCGAGAACGAGCUCGUACUCCCUCGUGGGCUCCGGUAUGGCCUUGUCCUUCUCCUCUUUGGGCGGUGGCUCCUCCUCCUGCACUGGGGGGGCGGGCGGCUCCACCUCCUCGACCGCAGGGGGGGCAGGAGGCCCCGGGGGCUCCUCUGACACAUAAAUGAACACAUCCACACAUGAAUGCGGCUGACCUGACAGAGAGACAUGUACCCUUUUGCGCAGCUUCGACGUCACUCGGCAUCUCCUCGGCAAUGGGGGGCGUCGCUGAGGUAACGAACGUACACACAGAGAGAAAUGGAUAGACGGAGACAGAACAAUAUUGCGUGCACGGCACUGCGUGGAGUGAGUGGAUGUGUAAGGAGGCGCUGCGCUCACCGGCCCCGGUGACGACGUCGAGCUUGGUGGCGGUCUCCUUUUUGGCACAAGGAAGCGGCCCGCCGAACGAAAACUGUUUGUCGCCACCAGCCGCACCCUCACCUAUCGCCACCGGCACUCCUCCCUGCCCACCACCACGAGACGUCACACUCCCCUCAACUGACACACAAUACAUUACAGAACAAAACAGGACAGACAGACUCGUGUGUGUCUGACUUUAGUCGUUGUCUGUCUGUCUGGUGGCUGGCUGACUUCCGGGCGGGGGAGUGGGUGCCCCGCUCUCGUCCGCCUGCAUGGAUGCGGAAGGAGUCGAGGCUGCGUGGAAGGUGGCGGUGGCUGCCGUCUGGGCGUGGUAGGUGCUGGCGCUGCUGGGCCGCGUGGGGGUGGCGGUGGUGACCCCCGUGGCCGCCUGCCUGUCCUUGUCCUUGGCCAUGGGCAUCGUUGCCCGCAUCGUCUCCAUGUCGUGCAGCACCUCCGCUACCGAACACUCCUGGAUGGCAUUGCAUUGCACAGACAGGUGCACUUGGGCUGGGGGGGGUGAGGGAAAGGAAGGGGACUGUGUACCUGCAGCAUGGCGAGGAGGUCUGCGAGUGUGGCGAGUCCGUCUCUGUCGGCGUCGACCAGCUCAAACAGCUCAUUGAAGUCAAAAGACUCGUCAAACACAGGCCACGGAUAGAGCUCUGCAUUCACACGCACACACAUAUGUGGGUGUCAACACACCUCAUGCCGACUGACGUGCUUUGCCGACCUUCUUUGAAUUCCUGAAGUGUGAGCCGUUCGGUGAGGCCCCGCCUGAGGUAGUCCCGCAGGAACUCAAGCAACGGCUGGUCGCCACGCGCACGCAACAAACGCGCCUGCAACUCCACUGCAGCCAUCUUGCGAUCUAUGCGACACACCCGCAACACACAUUUGCACCCCAACUUCUCUUCUCCCUCUGCUUGAGAGUGUGUGUGUCUGACCUUCCCGGCCCACAGGAGGCGACAGCACCGGUGGUCCGCCCUCACUGGGGGCCACGGGGCUGGCGGGGUGGCUGGGCAUGGGUGUGGGGAAGACGCUCACGUCGGUCAUGAACGACGCCCCCAGCCGCUGGGAGCCGCGCGUGCUGCCGGGCUGCAGGUACACCGUCGACCCCAGCGACUUGCGGGAGUCCAACAGAGGGUCUUGACCGGUGGCAGAUCCUGUGCAGUGCAGUGCAAAGGGACAUAUUGUUCGUGUGGUGGGGUGGGGUGUGUGGCGUGGUCUGUUGUCCCUUUCUCUUGCUUGCCUGGCCUUUCCAUCGGUGUGUCGAUGCCUCCCACGUCGGCGAUUGGCAGGCUGUCCAGAACACUCUGGCGGGGAGGCCUGGAUGCAGGCACAGACGGAGACACAACACGGGUAUUGAAAGGAACGCAUCUUAUGCUGUGUCAUCUUGCUCACUCCUGGAAUGUGAUUUUGCGCUUCAGCUGAGGGAGGGCAGUCUCGCUCGGGGUGACCUAUGCACCACGCCACACAUCAAACGGCCAGGACUUUCCCCCCACGCCGUCCGCUUGUGUAUAUCUCACUGCGAUGGUGACGCGCCGCUGGUCGGCAGCGUAGUGCCUCAUGAAGUCCCUGAGGAAGCAAGAAAGAGAGAAAGAAAGAAAGAAAGACGCAUCCACACACAACACAGUGAGCGGGCGCAUCGACCAGUCUGUCACAUGUGGGAUGGAGUGUGUCCUUACUGGUACUUGACGCCUCCCGCGGGGUCCUCAAACGCCUCACAGAGGGCCCGCAGCUGACCGGUUGGGAGGGAUAUGUUCCCCGACGCCAGAGCCUGAACGGGGGGAGACACGAGAGAUAGAGAAGGAUACCAUCUAAGCUUUCUUUCAAUUACCUGUUGGAACUCAGCCCUCGAGACGGCGUGUGUGUUCCAUCGGUCGAGGGCCUGGAAGGUCGACGUCAACACAUCAGCCUUUUCACUCGCCAAAGCACGCAACUCCUGCAGGAGCACACACCCGAUGUCACAACGAGCACACUGACUCUCUUCCCUUCCCAAUUCUGGGCACCUCCUCCGUGAUUGGCUGCGGCUCCUGCGCCGCCAUGGCCGACAGCAUACUCAUCUGCCGCCUCGUGUCCCACAGAUCCUCCUUACCCGCCACCACCACCUGCUGCUCCGUCGCCAUGCUCGCCCGGCUCGGGGCCGCCGCAGACUUCGGCCUCGUCGAUGCGACGGUUGUCACAGAGGGUGCGCGAGACGAAGGGGCAGCCUGCGAGGGGGCUUGCCUGACCGAAGGGGCCCUCUGUGGCUGAGGGGGUGCGUAUGAAGGUGCGUGGGACGGUGCGCGGCUUGCGCGAGGGGAGGGGGUCUUCUGCUGUUGCUGCUGUCCCUUCACGGGGGGCUGUGGUGGCGGGACUGACUCGCCCUGAAGCACUUUUUGGACUUUCUGGGCGACCAGCCAGGCAUUGGGCCACCGACCCACCGUCAACUUGGAGAACACCAGCUGCCAGACAAGAGGGCAAAAACGGAGCCGAGAGACGCGUGUGUGUCCGCUGACUGACUCUGAGUUACCUACCUGUCUUUUGGAGUGUCGAAUGACGGAGACCUCGAAGGCUCCCAGUUGAGGGUACCUGAACCUUCGGACGGCGCCACCUGACCCCUUUACGACAUCUGACAGAACAAACAUGUCCUAUCGGAUGGAUGUCCCCUCUGCUCUCUUGUUUGUGGACGCGUGCAUACAGGUGCGAUGGUGGUGAUGGUCCAUGAGCCACACCUCGUCCCCGUGCCGACCUAGCCUCGGGGGAGGAUUCACCUGCAGACAGACAGACAGACAGACAAACAGGCAGACCACAGGGAUGGGACGAAACGAGCCCGGAUGUCAGGUGCGAGUGAAGGAUGUCUCACGUUGACCACGACGUCAUCGCAUGUUGUCUCUAUCUCACUCUUGACUGAAACACGCAAGGAGAAGAACAGAGUAGGGGCUUCCAUAUGUUGUCUGCAUCUCUCUCCCCCCGCUCACCCCUGGAUGCGUAGUCCUCGUAUUUGGCCGCCACAUGGCGAGUGCACCACGCGUGCUCCUCGCAGUCAACGCUGCAACCAACACAAAGGCACAAUGACAAGGAACAGUGACAUGAAGUCUCAGGGAUCUUUUCCUUCCCACCAGUGCUCUAUCUCGACAGAGUUCGACAUCCUGGGAUCGAGAAAUGGGAUGGGACGGCACUCUGAGCACGAGCUUUCAAUUUCGG